AUGUUAACAAAAUGUUCAACUGAUAUUUUCGAACCAUGUAGAGGAUAUGAUUAUGCAACAGAACUUACUUUUAUGCCAGAUGCAACUGAUAGUCGAUUGUUGGGAAGAUCAUUACCAAUUAAUAUAAGAAAUGCUUUACAAAAUGAGCCAACAACAGCAAAUUUUCACGUUUUUUGUAUGCGACCAGAAAAUUUCUCAGCUGAUCCUAUAUUAUCAACAUUUUAUAAAAUGUUAACCGUAAGCCCUGAUUUGGAAGGCCGAACUUUUGUUUCAACUAUUGAAAGUCGUCGUUAUCCAAUUUUUGGCGUUCAAUGGCAUCCAGAAAAGAAUGGAUUUGAAUGGCGAGUAAAUACAACAAUACCUCAUACAAAAAAUUCAGUAGAAGUAAUGCAAUAUAUGGCAAAUUUUUUCACUGAUCAAGCACGUCAUAAUACGAAUCAUUUUGACUCAUUACAAGAUGAAUUAAAAUAUCUCAUAUAUCAAUAUACACCAGAAUUUUACGAUUUAGAUAAAUCACAUUUUCAACAAGUUUAUUUUUUUUCUGAAUGA